AUGGUUAUUAUGCUGCCAAUAUGUGCAGCAAAAGAGGAAGUGGAGUUGGGAAAGAUUAUUCAUGGUUUAACUGAAAAGCUAGGACUGGCGAACGAGUUAACAGUGAAUAAUUCUUUAGUGGAUAUGUAUUGCAAAUUUGGGUACUUUGCUGAUGCCAAAAUUCUGUUUGAGAAAAAUGAGAGCAAAAAUGUGGUCUCUUGGAAUUCAAUUAUCGGGGGUUAUUCAGGAGAAGGAGAUGUUAGAGGAACAUUUCAUCUUAUGAGAAGGAUGCAAAGUGCCAGUGAAUAUGUGAAGGCAAAUGAGGUCACUCUAUUGAAUGUUUUGCCUGUGUGCUUAACAGAAUCAGAGCAGUUGAUAGUGAAAGAACUGCAUGGCUACUCGCUUAGAAAUGGUCUUGAAUACCAUGAGUUAUUAACAAAUGCUUUUAUAGCCGCCUAUGCAAAGUGUGGAUUGCCCAGAUAUGCUGAGCUUGUAUUCUGUGGAGUGGCAAAUAAGACAGUAAGCUCUUGGAAUGCACUGAUAAGUGGCUAUGCUCAGAGCGAGGAUCCAUCCAAGGCUUUGACUCUGUCCUCUGAAAUUAUGGGUUCUGGUUUGCUUCCUGACUGGUUCACUAUUGGUAGCCUUCUUUUUGCUUGUUCCCGUUUAAAACAGCUACUGUGUGGUACACAAAUUCAUGGUUUUGUGCUUAGAAAUGGUCUAGAAACAGAUAUGUCUACAGGGGUUUCCCUAGUUUCAUUUUACAUGGAUUGUGGAAAACCUGAACUGGCACAACUUCUAUUUGACAGGAUAGAAGAUAAAAAUAUUGUAUCCUGGAAUGUGAUGAUAGCUGGUUACUUGCAGAAUGCACUACCAGACAAAGCCUUAUUUUUGUUUCGUGACAUGGUAUCUCUUAGAUUCCAACCUGAAGAAAUUUCUGUUACAAGUGUAUUGGGGGCUUGUUCAGCAUUGUCUGCUGUCAGGCUGGGGAAAGAAGUUCAUUGCUUUGCACUAAAAACUCACCUUAUAGAGGAUACUUUUGUCCGUUGCUCAAUCAUAGACAUGUAUGCAAAAACUGGAUUUAUAGGAAUGCCCAAGUUUUUGACCAUAUUCUGCUCAAAGAUAUAG